UGGAGAGAAGCUGACGCACCGUUAUUUACCGGACCGUUAAGUUUCAUUCUCAAGCUCUCGCCCUCGCCAUCACAGCCUACAUGGUGUGCUAGACCUUAGAAAAAAAAGUUGGACGGUACUUUUUUUGUAACUAUCUGACCACUGACGCUCUGACAAAUCCUUCUGAUUUUCUUCUUUUUUGGACACUUUCACGGCGUUAUUACGCAUGAUGCGCAAAGGGAUGGCUCCGCUUCUGAGACAGAAAACGGGAGUACAAAAUGUUUUUUAUGUUUAUCUCUCUAUUUCAGUGGCUUAUUCUUAUAACAUUGACUUAGAACAUCCUUUAGUGUUCCGUGGACCAAAUUCUAGUUUUUUUGGCUACUCUGUGCUGGAGCAUUAUCAUGACAACACACGCUGGGUGUUAGUAGGGGCUCCAAGGGCAAACUCUACCUACAGUAGCUCUGUGCAAACUCCUGGAGCUGUGUAUAAGUGUCGAGUUCACAGCAACCCAGAGCGCCGCUGCACAGAGAUGGACCUGGGAAGAGGAAACAAGCCGAGGGAGUCGUGUGGGAAGACGUGCCAGGGAGACAGAGAUGAUGAGUGGAUGGGGGUCAGUCUGGCCCGCCAGGACCGAGCCAACGGCAAAAUAUUGGCCUGCGCUCACCGUUGGAAAAACGUCUACUACGAUUCACAGCACGUCCUUCCCCACGGAUAUUGCUCCAUCAUCCCUCCAACUCUGCAGGGGAGGACGCGGCCGCUCAUCCCCUGCUAUGAAGACUAUAAGCAGAAGUAUGGGGAAGAGCAUGGCUCGUGCCAAGCAGGGAUAGCGGGUGUUUUUACGGAGGAGCUGGUGGUGAUGGGGGCACCAGGGUCGUACUACUGGACUGGGACGAUUAAGGUGUACAAUCUGACUUCUGACACCUUCUACAGCCCAAACAAAGAAGAAGUGGACUCCCACAGAUACAGCUACCUUGGUUACGCUGUGACUGCUGGGCAUUUCUCCUCUCCUAAUGUAAUAGACAUUGCCGCCGGGGCGCCUCAACACAGCGGCAGUGGAAAAGUUUACAUAUUCAAAAUUGAUGGUCUAUCUUUGGUGAAGAGUUUCCAAGCCUCAGGGAAAAUGAUGGGCUCUUACUUUGGCUCCUCAUUGUGUGCAGUUGAUCUGAACCAGGACGGCCUGUCAGACCUGCUGGUGGGGGCACCCAUGCACAGCCAGCUCCGGGAUGAGGGCCAGGUGUCUGUGUACCUCAGCAAGGGCAACGGGGUGAUGGAGGAGGCAGGGCUCCUGAACGGGGACAAUGCCUACAACGCACACUUUGGAGAAUGCAUCGCCUCGAUUGGAGACUUAGACGACGAUGGUUAUCAAGAUGUUGCCAUAGGAGCUCCUAAAGAGGACGACUAUGGAGGAGCGGUCUAUAUCUAUCAUGGAGACGCCACAGGAAUUAUCAGCAAAUACUCCAUGAGGCUGUCUGGGCGCGGUGUAAACCCCGGGCUGCAGAUGUUUGGCCAGUCAAUCUCCGGCAAUGUGGACAUGGACGGCAACGGAUACACAGAUGUCACUAUUGGAGCCUUUAUGGCUGAUAGCGUGGUGCUGCUAAGGUCCCGGCCUGUCAUUACCGUGGACGUCUCCAUUUUCCUGCCGGUCUCCAUCAACAUCUCUGUGCCUCAGUGUCAUGAAGGCCUGCAAAACCACAACUGUUUCAGUGUCACCGUCUGCAUGCGCUUCCGUGGACGACAGCUGCCCGGACAGAUAGAGCUGCUGUACAACCUGACCGCUGAUGCCGAUAAGAGGCAGAAGAGCCAGCCCUCCCGCGUCUAUUUUUCUCAGAACGGAGCUCAGGUCAGCCUCCUGAGCCAGCAGCUCAGCCUGGACAUCAACAGGGAGCAGUGCCAGCGUUACACCGCCUACGUUAAAAAGGACGUGAAGGAGGUUUUCACACCCAUCACGUUCGAGGUGGCGUACAGCCUGGGGAAGCACGUGCUGAGUGGACACCAGGAGCGGGACCUGCCCGCCCUCUCUCCUGUGUUACGGUGGAAUAAAGGACGCAAGAUUGCGGCGAGGAACGAGACAUGGUUUGAGAAGAACUGCCUGUCAGACGACUGUGCCGCAGACCUGCGCCUUCAUGGGAAACUGCUGCUUUCUGGAUUGUACAGCAAGCCUCACUUGGCCCUAGGAGGAGUGAAAAACGUCUCUUUGAAUCUGACCAUCUCCAACGCUGGAGAUGACGCCUAUGACACCAACAUCUACUUCAACUUCUCCAGAGAAGUGUUCUACAUCAACUUCUGGCAGAAGGAAGAAAAGGGCAUUUCCUGUGGACUUGUUGAUUUGGACUUCCUCAAAUGCAGCGUGGGAUUUCCUUUCAUGAGAGCGCAGACCAAGUAUCAUUUCGCAGUGAUUUUUGACACAAGUCGGCUCUCCGGGGAAAAUGACACGUUGCAGUUCUUAAUUCAAGCGAAAAGUGCCAACCCCGAGCACAAACUCGCAGACAACAGCUUGGAUCUCUCCAUCCCGCUGGUCCAUGAGGUCGAUACCACUAUCACUGGUGUGGUGACACCUACCUCGUUUGUGUACGGAAACUCCAUCGAUGCCUCCCGCUUCGUCCAGCUGGAAGACAUGGAGUGCAACUUUCAGCCUCUCAAUCUCACUUUCCAGGCAAUAAACAACGGGCCCAGCAGGCUUCCUGGCUCCAAAGUGGACAUCAGGAUACCCAACCGCCUGGCUGGCAGCGGAGCCGAUAUGUUCCACAUCGUUGACACACAGGUGGCCGAUGGCAGAGGGAACUGCACCCCUCACAGGAACCCGACACCCUGCACCAUCCCCCAGGACCGAGAGAGCAUCUUCCACACCAUAUUUGCCUUCUUCACCAAAUCAGGCCGCAGAGUCUUGGACUGCGACCGGCCGGGGAGAGCAUGUCUAACAAUCUCCUGCAGUUUGGGCCCACAGUUAAAGGAAGAAGCUUUGAGUAUAGAUAUAAAAGUAUUGCUCAACACUGAAAUUCUGAAAAGGGAUAGUUCCUCUGUGAUUCAGUUUGUGACGAGGGGAAAUGUGCAAGUCGAUGACAGGGCCAUGGAGGUGCCAAAUGGCCAGCCAGAGGACAUUUCUCUGGUCUUCGAGGCGCUGCACAGUCAGGAACCGAGGGGAUACGUAGUCGGCUGGAUCAUCGCCAUCAGUCUACUGGUGGGAAUCCUCAUCUUCUUGCUGUUAGCUGUGUUACUCUGGAAGAUGGGUUUCUUCCGUCGGCGCUACAGAGAGAUCAUUGAAGCUGAAAAGAACAGGAAGGACAGUGAUGAAAGCUGGGAUUGGGUGGAAAAGAACCACUGAGAGUUGCGGUCGGGCCCCAGAGGAGCCAAUGAGAUUAGGAAUUGGGUCGAGAAGGAUCCAAUGCCGUGGGGUCUCGCAGCCCAGCCGCCACAGUGGGACCAGGCCUUUCAGUCUUUCAUAUGUGGAAGAGAAGAAUAUUCUCCAUAUUUUUUGGAGACUUGAUAUUUUUGUGGGUGGGGGUCCAAGAAACAGGCUUCUGAGGUGACAGCGUGGCUUGCCAGAGGACACUUGCUGUGGAAUUCAAGUUAAUCUCAAAGGAGGGAGCUCCCAGCCAGCAGAGUGAAACUGCUGAUGGAGACUGACAUCCCUGCAGGGAUGUACAAAUGGCAUGAAUAUUAGUGGACAACAAAACCCUCAGGGCUGUGUUAAAUAGCAAAUUUAUUUUUAUACAUACAGUAUAAGCCAUAUUGUAUAAAACUGGGCUUCGAGAAGAGUUGGGUUUUUGAAGGCCAUUAUAAACAUAUUGUAUCGACAGUAUGUUUUCCUAAAAGCACUGAUGUUUGAUAAGAAUGAAUGCCUUGGCUCCAUACUGUUACUUUAAGGCCAAAGAUAUGUCAUAUAUAGUAUAUAAUUGGAGUCAGUUUGUAUAUUCAGUUCUUCCUGGGAGUGAGAGAUUGUAUCUUUUCUGUACUAUUUCCGGCUUAUGAAUAUCUCCUUACACAUCUGUCCCUCCCUCUCAUAGAUAAUGAGCCAGAGCAAAUUCUUUGUUUGACACCCCCACACACACCGAUUUGCACACUUUGCCCCCUAUGUCAUCCACAAGUAUUGUCAGAGUUGUGUCACAAGUGUUGAGGGCCCAGCGAAAGCGCUCUCUGAGGUCAUUAGGACUUAGUUCAGGAUGUGGUUAUCAACAGCACUGCACAGUAAUCUAUUUACACUUUAUUUGCCAUGUUUCCUCUAUUAUCCACGCCUGGGACGUUUGCGGAGGGCGCGUAGUAAAUCGUACUGUAAGCCACCAUUCACUCUUUUAGGCUUUGUGACUUUCCAACAUAAGCAUUCCAUCUGGUUAUGGUUUAGCUUUUUCACCCGGUUGUUUGUAUGUGAUGUGAGUGAACACAGCAUCGCCAGAUCUGCCGAAUUUGAAUUUUAGUCUACCCGGUGUCUUCUCCAAUGCUUUUAAUCAAGGAAUGCUUUAAAAGUGCAAUGUGCAGGAGAUCCAAAGCUGCUUUUGCAAUGAACUAUUGCUCAGGUAUACAGCUGACUUCAGUGACGUGCUUGUUUUUUUUCUUUUUCUUUUUCUUUUGCCUUUUUUUAAAGAUGAGAUGGACUAUGGUGUGUCUUCAUGACAUGGAAAGUGAUUCUCAAUCUGUAAUCAUUCUAUAGGUAAUGACAGGUCUAAUUGUGAUUUAUGUCUGAACUUUUCCAUAGUCUUCGCCUAAGUACACCAUCUUUAGUUUUACUAUUAUGUUAUUAGGCAUUAAGCUUUAGAGAGAAAUAUGAGAUACUUCACUCUCCACGGCCAGAUGAAAGUUUGAGAUGGGAGUCUACCUACAGCCAUUUCCAGGGGCCCAUGGCAUGAGUAAUGCCCUAAAAAUAGGUGGGAAUGUGCUGCACUCAAUCACUACGCAUAAACUCGCUCUUUGGGGCUCAUGGGAAAAGCUCAUUUUAAGUCAACAUGUAGGAAUGUUAGCGCCCUGAAAAUCUGCUACCAUUAAAAUACACGGCUCCCCAGCAAACCGACUCUGAAUCCCACAUGUUGCGUUUCUUUUGAAAGGCUCCGUUUGCUUAGUCUUUUGAAUGGAAUGAAUGGAACUUCGUAUUAAAUGCCCGUGAAGGAGAAAUUAUAUUUUGUUAAAUGAAUUUGAAGUGUUUCAUUCCAAAAUGAGAUGAAAUUAUUUUUGAAAUUAUUCUCUUAAUUAGAUGAGCUAUAGUUUUUGAACAGUGACUGUGCAUGAGUUUGGGAUAUUUUUGAAGCAGACCAGAAUCAUGUUUGAAUGUGCAAUGCCAAAGAACGACAACUAUAAUUUAGGUGUUCUUAAUGUAUCCCUCAAUUUUCACUUGGAGUAACAAAAUUAUGUGUUGACACUUUAUGGCUCACUAUGAUUGCUUGACUCUCUGUAAUGAUCUAUGAACCUUUUAUUGAUCAGAUACACUUUAUUUCACCAAUUAAUUCCACUGGCACGGCAUAUACUGCACACAUUCACAUCUUCCCUCUGCACCUGUAAACGUUAUGCUAUACACACAUGCAGAGAAACCAACACUUGACUUUUUUGGAUUUUUUUUUAACUGUGAUGGUUAUAUUUUUGUGUUUGUAUGGUGUCACCAUUAUCACAUUUAGAUAUUUGGGGAUUUGUUCUGAAUAUACUACUGUCACUGAAUAUCAUUUGCAUUAGAGUGUGCUAUAUGUUUGAUGUUUAAACUCAUGUUCAAGCUGUAUAUUUAUCUGUUGAUAAAUUUUAGA